AUGGCAGCUUCCCAGCUGGCUGCACUGGAAGGCGUGGAGUCAGGGGCGGAGGGGCUGCCGUUGACUGAGGCCAGCUCUAGCUUCCUGUAUGAUGAAGGCCAGCGGCUGGCACUGGAGGCUCUGCUGAGUGAAGGCCAGGAGGCAUUUGAGGCUUGUGUGCACCGCGAGGGACUGCGGCCUUUCCUGAGCACAGACGAGGCCCGGAGCCUGGCAGCCUCAGCCCAGGACUGGACAGCGGCCACACCAGAGCCCGGUGGGAUGGCUGAGGGAGCUGCUGUCACCACCAACGGGACUUCUGCAAAUGACAGCCUGACCUAUUGGCCAGGCCAGACAGAGGAGCCCGCACCUAUACUGAGACUGGGCUGGCCAGAGGACUCUACCUGGCGGGGUAUCACCCGGGCCCAACUGUACACUCAGCCGCCGAGCGAGGGCCACCCGUCUCUCAAGGAGCUUGUGCGCCGUGAACUGCAGGCCGCCUGUAAGCUGGUGGCCGUGGUCAUGGAUGUAUUCACUGACCCCGACCUGCUUUGGGACCUGGUGGACGCUGCGACGCGCCGCCGUGUACCUGUCUACCUGCUCCUGGACUGCCAGCAUCUGCCUGCCUUCCUGGCUCUGGCCCAACAGCUGGGGCUGAACCCCAGGGCCACUGAGAACCUGGAUGUCCGCAUCGUGCGGGGCUGCAGCUUCCAGAGCCGCUGGAGGAGGCAGGUGAGAGGCCAUGUGAGGGAGAAGUUUGUGCUUUUGGAUGGUGAUAGAGUCAUCUCAGGAUCCUACAGCUUCACAUGGAGCGAUGCCCGCCUACAUCGUGGUCUGGUCACCCUGCUGACUGGCGAGAUCACCGACGCCUUUAGCCAGGAGUUCCGAACUCUGUACGCCGCCUCCUGGCCACUCCCACCUGCGUCCCCCACAAAUUCCUUCAUUAGCACCCUGGGCGGGGUGCAUCUGGGCCGGAGCCCCCACCGAGUGGUCCGCCGCUGCUCUGUGGCCCCCGUCUCACCUCCACCCGAUGACCCACUGGCUCGCCGCCUGGCUGCUUGCCACGUCUUGGAUGGGGGGGACAGGCGGGAGCCCCCCACCACUCCGGGGCCUGCACUCAGCGACAUUCUAAGGAGCAUGCAGCGUGCCCGGACCCCCAGUGGCCCCCCAGCCCGACCCAGUCGUUCACUGUGGGACCUGAGCCACCUGUCCCAGCUGUCAGAAUCCAGUGAAGGAGACGAGCUCAAGAAAUCCUGGGGCUCCAAAGAUACCCCAGCCAAGGCCCUGAUGAGGCAGCGGGGUGCUGGAGGAGGUCCCUGGGGUGAAGUGGACCCCCGCCCACCAGCCCUACCACUGAUACCUGGCCACCAUCUCCGAUACCUGUCCCCAACACGAAGGAGGUUUGGUGAGGAUAUAUCAUCCCAAAUCUUAGACCCUAGAAGACUCAGGCAGCCAGACUGGGCCACCAGGGCAGGGUUCAGGGGACGACCUUGA